GUAUUUGUUGUUGUGUGUUAGCCACAGGUGUCGAGUGGACACGGCGGGGGCACCACGGAGGAGCAGCAACUUUACUGGGCGAAAGGGACGGGUUUCGGCACAGGCUCCACCGCCUCAGGCUGGGACGUGGAGCAGGCCCUCACCAAACAGCGCCUGGAGGAAGAGCACGUCACCUGCCUACUACAGGUGCUGGCAAGCUACAUUAACCCUGCUGGAUGUGUGGGGUCAGCCGAGGCCCCGUCAGCAGAGAGCAGAGGUCACAACAGCACGGCUCUGCCCUCAGUCCUACAGGAGCUGCUCAGCCAGUCCUGCCUCAUCCCCGCCAUGUCCUCCUACCUCCGCAACGACUCCGUACUGGACAUGGCUCGUCAUGUUCCUCUAUACCGCGCUCUGCUGGAGCUCCUCCGCGCCAUCUCCACUUGCACAGGCCUGGUGCCGCUGCUGCUGCCUCUCUCAGGCGAUGCCAGUGAGGAAGAGGAGGAGGACGAGCGCUCUGAGAGCCAGACCUCGGUUGGCAUGCUGCUGGCCAAGAUGAAGACGUGUGUGGACACUUACACCAACCGCCUCAGGUCAAAGAAAGACAAGAGCAAAGGGGUUAUGAAGACUGAGCCAUCCGAUCCGGAGCCAGAAGGCCUGACUCUGCUUGUGCCGGACAUCCAGAAAACAGCAGAGAUCGUGUACGCCGCCACCACGAGCCUACGGCAGGCCAAUCACGAGCGCAAGCUGGCAGAAUGCUCGAGGAAGGCUGCGGCGAGGCCCAAACCAUUGUCCAUCCUGCGCUCUUUAGAGGAGAAGUAUGUUGCGGCCAUGAAGAAACUGCAAUUCGACACCUUCGAGAUGGUGUGUGAGGACGAGGACGCGAAGCUGGUCUUCAAGGUGAACUACCACUACAUGUCGCAGGUGAAGAACGCGAGCGACGCGAAUAGUGCGGCACGAGCGCGGAGACUGGCGCAGGAGGCAGUCACUCUCUCCACCUCACUGCCCCUCUCCUCCUCCUCCAGCGUAUUCGUCCGCUGUGACGAAGAGCGCCUCGACAUCAUGAAGGUGUUGAUAACAGGGCCGGCGGACACACCCUAUGCCAACGGCUGUUUUGAGUUUGACGUGUAUUUCCCACAAGACUACCCCAACUCCCCUCCACUGGUCAACCUGGAGACCACAGGCGGCCACAGCGUCCGCUUCAACCCCAACCUCUACAACGACGGCAAGGUGUGUUUAAGCAUUCUGAACACCUGGCACGGCCGCCCGGAGGAGAAGUGGAAUCCUCAAACUUCUAGCUUUUUACAGGUGCUGGUGUCAGUGCAGUCACUGAUCCUGGUGGCCGAGCCGUACUUUAAUGAGCCGGGUUAUGAGCGCUCGCGCGGCACACCCAGCGGCACCCAGAGCUCCAGGGAGUACGACGGAAACAUCCGGCAAGCCACUGUCAAAUGGGCCAUGCUGGAGCAGAUCCGCAACCCUUCACCCUGCUUUAAAGAGGUGAUCCACAAGCACUUCUACCUGAAGCGAGCGGAGAUCAUGGCUCAGUGUGAAGAGUGGAUCUCUGACAUCCAGCAGUACAGCAGCGACAAGAGAGUGGGACGCACCAUGUCACACCAUGCAGCGGCACUCAAGAGGCACACAGCCCAGCUGAGGGAGGAGCUUCUGAAGCUGCCCUGUCCAGAAGGCCUGGAGCCAGACGGGGAGGAGUUUUCGGAGAAGAGCGCCGCCCUCCUGGUGAAGGAGCUGCCCGAUCAGGAGGCGGAGAAACAGAGCGACAGUCCGGACGCCCACUGCAGCGACGGGCAGCUAUGAGCCUCCGCCACUGUCCGAAAAAACUUCCCCUAGCCAUGCCUCCACACGACUAUCCGCUCACAUCAAAUAGACUUGACGGCUUCAGUGACGAAGCUGCCAUUUUGUCAAUAUUUGUAUGUAAAAAAAAAAAUCAAAUUAUGUAAUAGUAUAAAAAGAGAGGACGAAAAAAAAAACUACACAAAAUACGACAAAAAACAGAACCGCAUACAAAAAAAAGCCAGAAAGGAGGCGAAACUCCUGAACUAUGCUACCCUUACGGAGAAAAAAACAGUGGACAGAAAACACGACGAUCUUUUAUUUACCUGUAAAAGAGUGUAAACCUUUUGUGCUUUUUUUCCAAUUGUGAAAUAACCACUGAUUGCUAUGUUAUUAAACUUGUUUAUGUAUACAUAAUUACAGAGGAAAUCACAGUAUAUAUGAGGGAACUGCCUUUAGAGAAGAAUGUUUACUGAAUGUUUUCUUUUUUUUUUCCUUUUUCUUUUUUUUCCUGACUGUUAGCGCGAGGACAGUUGUAACGAAGAAUAUAUUGGUCGUUCUUUAAGGAAACUAUUUAAGAGCAAACCCACACACGUGUAUUCUCUCCGGAUUUGAGGAAGCCUCUGGUUGCCCGAUGACAUUUGCUUCUUUGAUUUCUACAAAACUCCUGUAAACUUCAAUAAAGGCUGCAAUGGAGAUUCUUAAUCGCUAUGGUUCCUGGAUGCUGUUGUACAGGCUGUUUAAAUCAUACUUUUUUUUUUUUUUGCCUCUCACUAAUUUUAAAAUGCAAGUUUAAUAAAUGCAACCUGUUUUACUUUGA